AUGGCGGACACCGAUGCUCAGCAAUGGAACGGCGACGCUGCCCGUGACGCUGCUCGCGAAACCGACAAUGCUGCCUGGAACGGCGGCCGCAGCCCCUCGCCGAGAGGCGCUGCUACCCCUCCCCGCCGCGAGCGCGAGCGAUCUCGCUCGCCUGUGCGCGCCGGGGACGAGGAUCGCGGACGCGCUGACCGCGGCAACGGCGACAACAACCCCGGUAACAAUCUCCACGUCUCUGGCCUGAGCAACCGCGCUACCGAACGCGAACUUGAAGAGGCGUUUGGCAAGUAUGGAGCUAUCCAGAAAGCACAGGUAAUGUACGAUCCUCAUAGCCGCGAGCCAAGAGGGUUCGCGUUUGUCACGUUUGAGAAGGCUGAGGAUGCCGAGGCUGCCAUCACUGCUAUGAAUGGAGCCGACUUCCUUGGUCGCAAGAUCCACGUGGAAAAAGCUCGUCGCGGACGCGCACGUACUCCCACUCCAGGCCGCUACUUUGGGCCGCCCAAGAAGGGUCGUGAUGGUCCACCUGGACAUUUUGGGGGGGGUGGAGGCGGAUACGGUCGUGGCGCUCCGCGUGGCGGGUACGCUGAUGACCGAUACGGUGGGAUGCCUCCUCGUGGGUACGCGCCCGCCUACGCACCGCGCGAUCCGUAUGAUCGAUAUGGUCCGCCUGCUGGUGGUCGACCUUUCUCUCCUCCUCCGAUGCGUGGAGACCCCUACGAUCGAUACGCGCGCGGUCCACCUCCUCCGCGUGACUAUGCGGCACGCGAGCGCGACUAUCUUGGUCCACCGCCCCGUGGUGGUCCCGGAAUGGACUACGCACCUCGCGACUUUGCUCCUCGUGGCGCUCCUGACUACGCGCCUCCUCGUGGAUACCGCGACAUGUCGCCUCCGCCUCCUCGUGGCGCAAGGUACGACGAUCUCCCGCCUCCCCCGCCGCGUCCAGCAGGGCCCGGCGCAAGGUACGAUGCCCCCCCGCGCCCCCGCUACGACGAUGCUGGCCCCCCAGUACGUCGCUACUAG